CUCGGCCUCUGCUCUUAAAUACUUUGCUCUAUUAUGUCUUUAAAGACCACGAUGAUGGUUAAUCAAAAAGAGAUGAUCACCUGGAGGAUAAACAACAGCAUCUAAACUCCUUUCCACCCGAGAAUGAAAAUCUAGCCUCAGCUACCUCUGGGUUUAAGUUUUUGAUGAGAAAUUUGCCCUGUAUGUUCUCUCCCUGGAAAGAGUCCCAACCACGCUGUGCAGCACAGCUUCACGUAGUGCCAGGAAUCCUCGUUCUGUCAGACGAUUUACUAACGCCGUCUUUUUCUUAGUGAUUUUUGUAGUUCACCAAUACGUUUUGGAGGAGUAAAUGGAUAAUUCAACUAGAAACACUUGAAUUAGAUUUAUGAGAGCCCAACAACUAAAAUUCUUAAAAUGUGUCUUCCCAGCAAGCUUCUAAUUUGGUCCUUAUUAGGGCCUCAAAAAUGUUCUGUCACCCCAUUUCUCUGGUCAUCAUGGUCCGCCGCCUUCUUUGGAAAAGGAGCGGUACGACUUGCCCCACCUCCCCAGCUCUAAGCCCUACACCCACAAACCAGGCGGUCCCAUCCCCUCCCCUCCCAGACGCAAACAUUCCGAGCGCGCUUGCGACAUUCUCGCGAGAUUUGGGUUCCAGUCGAUCAUGUGACUACCCAUCAUGGCGGCGCCCAGCGAGGCGGAGGAAGGAGCGGCGGUUUAUUUAAUAGUCAGUGGCAUCCCCUCGGGAUUGCGCUCGGCUCAGCUGCGGAGCUACUUUAGUCAGUUCCGGGAACAGCGCGACUGUGGCUUCCUCUGUUUCCACUACCGGCACCGGCCUGAGCGAGCUCCUCCCCACACACCCAUAACCCCUGUCGGCCAGGUUCUUGGCCAAACCUCAGGAACCGACACUCCUGCUCUUUCCACUCGGGAUUCGGCUCCUGCCCAGACCCGCACUUGUUGCUGCGUCAUCUCGGUACGCGGGGCGGCGCAAGCCCAGAAGUUUCUGCGUAUGUAUUCGGGCCGCCGGUGGCUGGAUCCUCAGGGGAUUUGGAUGCCAGGACGCUGUUUCAUCCGCAGACUUCGGCUACCGACUGAGGUAUCAGGUUUGGGCUCCUUUCCCUUCAAGACACGGAAGGAACUGCAGAGCCGGAAGGCCAACAGUGAAGCCUUCACUCUGGCCGACCUAAAGCAAUUGCCAGAGCUGAACCCACCAGUGCUGAUGCCCAAUGGGAAUGUGGGGACUCCCUUAAGAGUCUUUUUGGAAUUAAUUCGGGCCUGCCGCCUACCCCCUCGGAUCAUCACCCAGCUCCAGCUCCAGUUUCCCAAGACCGGCUCCUCCAGGCGCUAUGGCAAUGUCCCCUUCAAGUAUGAGGAGUCAGAGACUGUGGAGCAGGAGGAGCACGUGUACACAGCCGAGGGCGAGGAAAUACCCCAGGGAAGCUGCCUGGCAGAUAGACCGGCCAGCCCCUGUGGAGAGCCUGAGGAGACAGAGGGAAAGGAGGAGGAAGAGUCAUGGCUCUCUGAUGAGGACGACGACCGGGGUGAGGAAUGGGAGCGGCAUGAAGCGCUACACGAGGAUGUGACCCGACAGGAGCGCACCACUGAGCGGCUCUUUGAGGAGGAGAUUGAACUCAAGUGGGAAAAGGGCGGCUCUGGCCUGGUGUUCUACACGGAUGCCCAGUUCUGGCAGGAGGAGGAAGGAGACUUUGAUGAACAGACAGCUGAUGACUGGGAUGUGGACAUGAGUGUGUACUACGACAGAGAUGGUGGAGACAAGGAUGCCCGAGACUCUGUCCAGAUGCGCCUGGAACAGAGACUCCGUGAUGGCCAGGAGGACGGCUCUGUGAUUGGACGUCAGGUGGGCACCUUUGAGCGCCACACCAAGGGCAUUGGGCGGAAGGUAAUGGAGCGGCAGGGAUGGGCUGAGGGCCAGGGCUUGGGCAGCCAGUGCUCAGGGGUGCCGGAGGCCCUGGAUAGUGAUGGCCAGCAUCCCAGAUGCAAACGUGGAUUGGGGUACCAUGGAGAGAAGCUGCAACCAUUUGGGCAGUUGAAGAGGCCUCGACCAACUGGCCUGGGGCUCAUCUCCACUAUCUAUGAUGAGCCCCUGCCCCAAGACCAGGGGGAGUCGCUGCUGCGCCGCCAGCCUCCCACCAGCAUGAAGUUUCGGACAGACAUGGCUUUUGUGAGAGGCUGCAGCGCCUCGGAGCCUGAAUGACAGGUUUGAGGGCAGGAUCACUAACUGCAGAACGGCAGCCCUCUGCCACUGCCUGUCUUCCAUGGACACAUAAAGGCGUCUGGGAGCAGCGAUCCCUGUGGCUUGUUUAUGGUGCUUUACUCUGAAUUGGCCAUCCAGUUCUCUACGUCUAGGACAUUUUUACACUUCGUCGCCCCCUCUCCCCUUUGAUAUUAGGGUUUAAACACCUCUCCUCCUCGGUCUUCUAAUCUUCAACCCAGUUUGUCCCGCCUCAUCCACCCCCCGCAGUACCUUGAA